UUGGGGAAUUAUAUUGCUCUAACAUACUUCCGGAACACCUGUAUUAACGAUGUUUUGAUAUAUCCAUACGUGUGUGUAAUUUAAAGACAGCAGGGGGCGCGUGAUUUUUUUUUCUCAAUAAUUCAAGUCCAAAAUGGCGAGUGUGUUGUGAAUGUAUAUUGAAACGCAGGUUCCGAGUGUCCUGCUGUGUCAACAUGACCGCUAGUAAAUGAGAAAGUAAAUAACAUUGGGCAUUGAAAAUAAAAGUUUUGAUCAGCAAGACAAUGUACAAUGAGCUACAGCGGGAACCUGCCAGAUUGGCAUCAGUACAACCCACCGCAGCAUGGACGUACAGGAUCGUCCAGCUCACAAAAUGCUAAUCCCAAUCAUAUAUUUCACUCUAGUAUUAAUCCACCGGCUCUAGAUUCAAUAAAUUUAUCGACAAACGAACGUCAAAGCAAGCACCACCGCAAUGACGUCAAUUAUUCACGAAAUUACGCGUCGACGGCGAUGGCUGGACCGAGUUGUGCGACAAACUCAAACACGGGUGUCCACAUGGGACUUUCGGGUUGUGUGGGUCAUUACGGUUCAUCGCCGUCGAGAAAUCCGAUGAUGGAGGGCAUGCCGGGUUCAAUGGAUCCGCGUCUGGCGCCUGUAGGUCCACUUAAUGAACCCGAAUUACCGCAUCGGAACAAUCAAAUGCCAUUCAACCCACCUAAUAAUCAUUCAAGUGGAUCAAAUAUAAGUAACAUUCAUUCCAGUAUGGCUCCACAGACCUCACCAGUAGGUCCCAUGUCACCAGGAGGACGUCAAGGUCCACCAUUUGGGACUUGCAAAGGUCCUUGCUGUAAUCCCGACACGAGUAUUGCUUACCAACACUGGGAAAAAUAUGGUCACUAUCCAGCAAACGCAGCCUACAGAGAUAACAUGCGAUCUGCUGGUUAUCAUAUGGAAAAUCGACGCUUUGUACCUGACAUGAACCUUAGAAAAGAUUGUAUCGAAAAUAAAGAAUUACCACCAGCACCAUUUCCCGUAGACAAUCGUCGUAACUAUCCCGAGUACAAAUAUCGUAAAGAAUUAUCACGAAAUUAUCCUAGCUCUAGUUUAAUUCAAAAUUAUAAUCCAAUGCAAAAUUAUAAUUUUACAUCGGAAUGCCAAAAGUGUCCUCACUCGGUGAAAGAGUAUUUAAGACGCAGUGGCCCUAAUUCACAGGCUAAUCAUUCACAAAAUCAAGGAAUCAUCAAGUAUCCAGAGCAACAAAGUGUUAUUGUACAACAAAAGUACAAUAAUAAACAGAUGUCAUAUCAAAAUGGUGCUCUAGGAACAAAUAGUAUGCCAACAUCAAGCGCAAGUAAUCUUCCAUCAUCAAUACAAAAUUCAUAUUUUAAUCCUCAACUACCUCGGGAUAUGGCUAGAGAUUUUCCACGUGAAUUUCCAGAUCCCAAUGCCGUUGGUACUAGAUUACCGACGUCACCUUCAGCAUUACACGGACCUUAUCAAAAAUAUCACGCGUAUCAACAAAAAUUAUCUAUGCAACGGUUUUCAAUAGAAAGUCAUUUGCGCGCAAUGACAAGAGUACCGGGUUAUCAAUCCCAUCCUAAAUAUCAAGAAUAUCUGAUGAGAUAUCGUGAAAUACUGAGAUUACAACAGAAUGCUGACUAUCAAGGAAUGCUUCAAGAAACAUCUAAAUUACCAAGUCCUUCUAGUGGUCCACCUCAAAUACCACCGAUUAAUUUACAGUUUGAUCAGAACGGUGUUCUUAUCAAUACUAAUUACAAUCCUGGACAUUUUCCGGGGAUUCUUAAUCCUGUUAAUCCAAUUGGUACAUCAGAAAAUACAGACAAUACGGAUAAUAAUAAUCAAACUAACGUUAUCAGAAACCCAAUGGAUCAACAGCAAAAUAAUUAUAAUAAAAUAACAGAACAAUCAUUAAAUUUAUCAAGAAAUCGUGAUAAUUUACAUAAUCAAGAAAAUUAUAUGAUGCAAAAAAAUGAUGCCACGGAUUUUGAUAAUUUAAUAGUUAAUGUUGAUGACCUUGAUAUGUCCCCGCCUAUAAGAACAUCAGCGGGAGAUACUCUAAGAACAACGACGUCAAUGCCUACGAUUGAUAAUCAAAAUUCAAAAGAAUUUACAGACAAACCGGCGCUUGAUGUCCGACAAUUUUUAGCUAAUUGGGAUGAAACUGAGGAAGAAGAAGCCACAGCUGCAAAUCUUUCGCAAGCUGGAAUGAAUAAUAUUGCAUCAGUUGUUGCAGCCAGACGAGCUUCUGUUUCACCACCAAAACAAAUUAUAAAUGAAGAUAAUCGUGAAUCACAACAAAAUAAAAUAAAUAACGUUGAUAAAAUUACCGAACAGGCAACGAUAAUAGAUGCUAAUUUAAUUGUACAAAAUAAUGUUGAUAAUAUAAAUGUUACUGGAUUAAAAACAAUUGAAGAAUUAGCUAAUUCUGGUACUAUUGUCCAGUGUAUACAGAGUGAUAGUGAUGAUAUACCAACAAUUCAUAUUGUUGAUCAUUUGCCAAAUGAAUCCGAAUUAACGACAAUUCAAACGGUAUAUAGUGACGUAUCUUCAUUGACAAUGGAACAAAUUGCUAAGGCACCAAUUGAGAUUAUUAAUGAAACACCUGAGGGUACUGAGACAAUAACACUCUACGAACCAGGCUCUGAUGUUUGUACUAAAAUAACGGAAUGUAAUGAUACUACGAAAGAAGCUGGAGGUGUAAUUGUCGUUGAUCAAGUUGUUGCAUCAAUAAUUGAUGCGUCUGUAGAAAUUGUUGAGGCAACAACUGAAACCGCAAAUGAUAAUAACAGUCGAGAUAAAACAUUGCAAGUUAAUUAUGAAAAAUCAUCAUCACAAACUGAUAACACGGAUAAAAAUACUAAUAAUGAUAACAAUAAUAAAAAUAAAAAUACUAAUGAUAAUGAUAAUAAUAACAGCAAUGAUAAUAAUAAUGACAGACAAAUAAAAGUUAUUAACGAGUCGAGUAAAAUUAAUCCACCUAAUAAUGACAGUAAUAAUUCUUUAAAUCUUAAAAAACAACAUUCUUUUGCAAGUGAAGAAUCGCACAAUCCAGAUGAUAUUAGUUUACCUGAUCUACCAAUGUCUGAAUGUACGCCUAUUUCAACGACAUUGAAUACGCCUAUUCAUUCUGACAGUGAAGAAUCACCAGAGCACGUUACUGAUUUAUCAAUAUCAACAAAUCCAAUAGAAGUUAUACAAAAUAGUCCUAUUAUAAGUUUUUCACAUUCGCCAAUUAAAAUUGAUCCUUAUGGUAACUUAGAAAAUGGAAGAUUAAAUGAAAAACCUCCUGAAGAUUCAUUGGAUUUUGAUUUUAAUGAACAAGACAAUUUAAAAAAUAAAUUUAAUGACAGCAAUAGUAGCGUUAAUAAUAAAAAUAAUAACGAUAAUGACAGUAAUAAAAAAACGGCUGUUGAAGAUUUUGAAAUUGCAAGAAGAUCUAGUACAUCUGCAAGUAAUACGACAAAUGUCUCUGCUAUCAUCAGUAUCAGUAAUGAUAAUAAUGCACAUUCACCAAAUAAACUUGAACUUGAAGAUCAUCAUAAGCAAGUGCCUUUAAAUUUAAUAUCAAUGGAUAAAAAUAAAUCUCCAGAAAAAGAUAAAGAAUUUUACCCAUCAUCGGAUCCUUUGGUUGGAAUGACGCAGUCUUCAGACUCAAUAUCAAAAAAUAAUUUAGAAACCUCUGAUACUAUUGGCGACAUUUCAAAUGACAUGAUACAAUCUGGCGAUUGUUCUGGUGAAUCAUUAGGAGCCAAUACUAUUCUUGGUAAUUCAGUAAGUCGCAUAUUGUCAUCUGAUGAAAUAGACACAGGUAAAUGUCCGUCAAUUAUAAAUACGGAAGAUUUUCAACAGUCUGACGAACUUGAUAAAUUAUGUAAUAUGUCAUUAGACGACUCUUGCAUGAUGCCAUUGAUAAGCGAUGAUAAUUCAAGGUUAGCAAGGAUGCCUAUGACGUCUAUUGAAGAUCGAUCAUUAACAAAAGUAAUGACGAAUAUAUUACCCAUUAGUGAUAUAAAUGUACUUGAAUCGUCAGAUGACGACAAUGAUGAUGAACAGUUAGAUAAAGAGGACGAUGACUGGAUAGAAGUUAAGUCUUUAGACGGUCACGAAAAUUUAACUGUAAACUUAUCCACUAAUGAAAUGGUACAUAGUGAUAAAAAUAGUACUGAGAACUUGCUAAGUAAUUUACAAAUACAUUCCAAUGAGUCAGACAAAAAAACUCAUGGUAACUAUGACGAUGUUAUACAAAUUAAUAAAUAUAACAAAAGUUGUUCUGCUACUACUGAUACGGCAAAUACGUCAGCCGAGUAUAAUUCAAAGUGUGAUAAUUAUUUAAAUAAUGACAAAUCGCGGGGUGAAGAUAAAAAAAAUUAUAUUCCUUCUAUUUUUGAUAUUUCUGGUGAAUCUCAGAGCACGGAUUUUGAUAAAUUUGAACGCCGGAGACAGGAGAAAAAUAAUGAUCGGUUAAAGUCAUUACGAGAAUAUCGUCGAGAUAAAUCUGUUGAAAAAUUAUCAUUAGGCAAAAAUGAUUCGAAUGAUUAUGACUGUAGUCAAGAAGAUAAUUCAUUAUCUGAUGAUUCGACAAUAAAAACUAAAACGAUCCAAGUUCGUGGUAUUAUUUUACAAAAUAAUGAUAAUAAUGAUAACGCUGAUAAUAAUGAAAGAAAUAAAAAAUUUAAUAAUAAUAAUAAUAAUAAACAACAAAUGGAUGAAAUGUCGGGUGUACAGAGUGAUAAAUCAUUUGAGACAAUAUCUAAUGCAUUUAGAUCCUUGGAAACGCACACAGUUACAAAGUGCUUUCGUGGUGGGCAUAAAGAUACUGAUGUACAAAUACACGUUGCUAAUAUUAAUGUUAAAGAAAAAAGUGACGAUGAAGCAAGUGAAGCCAUUGACGCGAUUGAAAUAAAGAUAAAUGUGUCACGUAGUGAUAAAAAUCGUGGUAAUAAACAAUUGAACGAUAAAUUAACUGAUAGUGUUAAUGAAAUUUGUCGCAAUAAUAAAAUACGUGGCUUCUUUUCAUUUCCCGAACGUGAAACAACAAAUUAUUCACCCAAAUCAAUUUUUAAUUAUCGUCGUCGUAAAUCAGUGCCCGAUGAAUUUGACACUCGGAAGUCUAAGUUUCACAGUGAAAAAUUUUAUCGCCGACACAGUGGGGGCCACAGUUUUAAAUCAUAUCGACGUAAGUCUAAUGAAGAUAAACAUUUUAUUGAUAAUAACAAAAAAGUAAAUUAUUAUGAGAAUUUAAAUUCAACUAAUAGUAAUAAUAAUAGUAGAAAUUUUGAAUCCACUUUAAUGCAAGACCGUAAAAUAAUUGAUAAAGAUAAUGACGAUAGUUUUAAUUAUAACGUUAAUUUAAAUCAAAUGUCUCGUCAAUCACACGAUGAUUUACAAGAAACACUAAAAAAUAACACGAAUAAUAUUUUGGAUAUUAUACCAGAAGAUACCAAAGAAGACGAGAAUAGUGAAUCGGCCGGUGAUUUAAAUAAAAGUAAAGACGCACCACGUAGAUUAUCGGUAGACACAACGUUAAAUACUUGCCGUAUUAAUGAUCUAGAUAAUAUUGUUUCUAGAUCACCGUGUGACAUGACACCUGGCCCAUCUGAUACAACUUUAAUAAAUAACAUUUGGAAUAAAUCAAAUUUUUUAAUCGACAAUACAUCAUCUUUUGAUUUUGAUAAUUUUGACGUUGCACCAAAUUACAGUAGCAAUAAUAACAAUAAUAAUAAUAAUAAUGAAAAUGAUAAUAACAGUCAAACGAGAUAUUCACUGAUAGACGACGAGGAUGGUAUAUCAUCGCGAAUGGAUGCAGAGGUGCGUAAUAGGAGAUUGGAAGAUAGCGAAAGAUAUCGUAAUCCGUACUCAAAUGUUAGACAAUCUAGUCCUGAUAGCUUGGGGAUUAAUCUUAAUACAGUUCCGGUUUACACAACUAAAGAUGGCAAGAUAACGUACAGUCCAAACCCACGAUACACUUAUCGCGUUCUACUUAUGGAAGCGAGACAACGCGAAGGUUAUCCGAUGAUUAAAGAUCUAUAUCAGCCAAGAGCACAAUCGAAAGAUUACCAAGAAAAGAGAUGGAAUAAACGUAAAUAUGAGCCAACUGACAGAGACAAAUAUUUAGAUACGGGUAAAAGAACCAAGUCAAUGACUUGUAAGCUUGGGAGUGGAAGGUGGGGUGAUAGUCAUCAUGAAAGACAGUUUAAAAUUAAUAACAGAGUGGUCAACAAUAAAUAUGAGUGCAGAUCGAGAGAUAGGGUUGAUGAUUAUGAUGACUUUAUUGGUGAUCAAAGUACUAUUUUUACGGAAAUUUCAACUCCGUUGAAUUAUUCGCCGAGUGAUUCGACAUUUAGUUAUGAUCAUCAUCGACAUUCCCAGUCCAUGAUGUACACCAGCCGUAGGAGUGAAGAUUUUUAUCACGAGGAUGCGUCGAAUUUUAAGAGAAGGCAUGAUGGUAAUUUAGAAUGGGAUCGUGCAAUUGAUUUACCAAGUGGUUCUUCGAUUAAUCACAUUAAUUAUGAUAAUAAAAUAAUAAGUAAUGAUAAUUUUGAAGGUAAUAGAGGUGUAGAAUCAAAAAUAUCAAAUGGAGAAGAAUUGGAAUUAUUUUCAAAAAAUUUAACACAAGUUCAUCAUGACUGUCAUGAUCAAGACGUUACGGAUACUUCAAUGUCUACUAUUGUGAAAUCAAAUGUUAUACCUUCGAAGGAGAUCCGCAGCGUUGAUGAAAGACGUGAGAUAACAGCGAGAGAAAAAAAUAAAAUGACCCCUGAUUCUUUAGAUCCUGAAGCAUCGAAUGACGAUGAUGAUGAUUUUAAAGAUAUUGGGGGUAAUUCAAUAAUGAUGAUGAAGCCACCAGCUAGCGUUGAUACUGAGCAGGAUUCUCAAGCAAUGCUUACUGACAGUGGACUUGAAUCUUCUACUACUUACACAGAAGGUAGUAAAAGUAGUAAAGAGCCAAAGAGAUGCCAAAGAUGGCCAAAAAAAUUGUUACAUCAUGUGGAAAAAGUUGAUAAUAUUAAAGAGUCUAAAAAUGAUAAUAAUAUUUUUGAAUCAAUAGUUGAUUUAAAUGUUAACGAUGAUAUUGUUUUACCAGUUACUAAUUCUGAUAAUAAUGUUAAUAAUAAUGUUGAUAAAGUUGAUGAUAUAAAUAAAGAUAAUGCCAAAUUGUUUGUUGAAAAUGAAGGUGAAGAAAUGAGGGAAGAGGAAGAGGAAGAAGAAGUAGAAGUAGAAGAAGAAGAAGAAAUAGAAGAUAAAAAUCAUGAAAUAAGAAUGGAAGAAGAAAUUAAAGUACAGGAAAAUAUAAAUAAAACAAUACCAAAUAUUACAAAUAUAGAAAAAUUAACGAAUUUCAUGUUGUUAAUAAAAAAUAAUAAAAAUUAUGACAGUUCAAUGCUAAAAGGUCUUGAUUUAGCAUUUCCUAGUCAUAAAGUAACUCGUAAAUUAAAUUGUCAAAUUAAAAUUAAUAACGAGGCUGCUGUCAACGAUAACGAUAAAGAUGAACCAAAUAAUAAGAAUGAUAAUAAAUUAAAAGAGUUACCAGCGUCAUUAUCGUCAUCUGUGUGUACAAAGCAAAUGUCAAAUUUUAUUGGAUUAAAAAAAUUAAAUGAUGGAACGAUAUUAAGACGGAUAUCUAGUGAUGAAGUUGAAUCACGCAAAAGAGAUAAUAAUAUGAGUAUUUAUUAUGAAGACAUAAGUAGUUAUACUGGUGCAGGAACUUCAUUAUCAACGGCAACUGAUGCGAUCGCUGAUAGAAAUAUUAUUGGUUACAGAAAAUUUAACGUUAAAAUGGCGAGUGAUAAAUUAGUCGAUGUACAAACAGAUAGAGAAGCUGAUACGUGUGAUGAUAUGCUACCAAAUGACACAGCUAUUUGUUUAUCUUUGAAAGAUUUAUCGGUUAAUGACAACAGGCAUAAGGAUAAUGAUGAAGACGAUGAUGUAUUUGAAAAACCAUCAGUACCACCAGUUGUUUUUGGACCUUUGAAUAAUCCAAAUUUGAUUAAAACCCACGAGCCUGACAGUGAAAUUUCAAUAGAGUCUGAAGUUUCAAAUUAUAUUGACACCCGUAGUUCAACACAAUUUGGAAGUGAUUGCGCUGAAUCCAAACAAGAAAGUGAUGACUUUAGUAAUAAUGGUGGUAUUAAUUUUUUGUCAACGUCUAGUCAAGAAGCCAUCGAUGCGACUGAUCUUAAUGACGUGAGAAAAAGUUUAGUAUUAAGUGGACUAAAAAAUGACAACUGUGAAACUCGAGAGCAGCAGGAGACAUUUGAUAAAUUAAAUGAUUUAUCAAAAGUUGAUGACGACAAUAAUGAUAAUGAUGAGGAUGAUGAUGAUAUUGAAGUUAAUGUUGUUGAUGAUAAAACAGAAGAUGAUAAUAAAAAUAAUAAAUGUGAUAUUAAUGAUAAAUUAUUAUCAUUUUCUGGUAGAAUAUCGAGUGAAAGUGAAGAUGAUUCUAAUGCUCAAGAUGCAUCGCCAUUACAAAGUGAUAAAGUUGAAAAUUUGAAUGUUAAUGAAAAAGAAAAGGAAAAAAUAUUAAGUUUUACUGGGCGCAUCGACAGCCCAGAAAAUCAUAUUGAUAUAAAACAAAACUCACCGGUUAUUUUUUUUGAUGAUAAAUUAGAAGAUAAAAAUAAUAAAGAUAAUAAUUUAAAAGUUUUAAAUUUUUCUGGACGUAUACCAAGUCCUAAAUAUCAUUUUGAUACAUUUUCAAUUCACCAAUCUAAUGAGCUAACGGAGGAUUUGAAUACAUCAUCAAAUAUCAAUGAAAAUACGGAUAAAAAUUUAACAUUUUUGGGUAAAAUAACGAGUGAUGUGAGUGGAAAACUGUUGGACAGUAGUAAGAAACCAUCAACGACAAUUGUGUCAGAUAAAAUACCAAAAUUUAUAAUUAAAAAGACUGAUUAUUCAUCAAAAUCAUCAUCAACUAUAUCACAAAUAUUACCACCGUCAGAUAUAUCGUCACUAAAAAGUAUAGACACCAAAGCAUCAUCAAGUCAUAAAAUUUCUUCACAUCCUAAAAUACCAAAGAUGAUAAUAAGAAAUUUAAAAUCACGUCCUGGUACACCGACAGUUGAAGAAAAUGCUGUUGAGUUAUCGUUUCCUAAAGCUCAUGAGGAUCAAAAAAUAUUUCAAGUUAAAAUAAAAUUGGAUGAUAAAAAACAUCAUGAAUCGCGUAAGGAUUCAGUUAAAAAAUCAAUUGGAAUCAUUGAGUGCAAAGUACCCAAAAUGAAGAUAAAACUUGACGAUUGUCAACCGAAAAUGAUUUUUGAAAAUGCGAGUAUGGAAUUAUAUGACAAUGAUUCAGAGUCUACGAAGAAUGUACCGAAAGUUAAAAUUCGUAAGAUAAAAAGAUCAACAUCACGAGAAGGAAAAUCAUCAUCCAGCAAAACCACUAAGAAAAGUGAGCAUUCAGAAAGAUCAGAUAGAUCAGAAAAAUCAGAGCGUACUAGUGGCAGUAGUAAGCCUGAUAAAUCUGGUGAGAAACAUCGAGUUGGUGACUCAAGUCGUGAUGUAAAUAUCGAGGAGAGACAUGAAAAAAUUCCAAAAUUAAAAAUAAAAAAAUCUGAAUCACGCGUUUCUCAGUCAUCUCAUGAUUCGAAAAAGAAAAGAUCAAAAAGUCCAACAGAUACUUCUAGCUUGUCACAAAAAAGUCAUCAGAAAAAAUCAUCAAGUCGACAUCGAAGUGAAACUAAACAGCCAAGUGAACGUUCACCGUCAGUAGACAAAGAGGGAAAUACAAACUCUCAUACAAGUAUGUCAGAGAAAAUACCGAAAGUAAUAAUAAAACGUGCGUCAUCAAGUGCCGAGUUUAAGUGUGAAUUAAGUAAAGAUGGUGGCGAUGCUAUUAAAUUAGAUUCUAAAUGGCAACCAGAAGUUAAACUUGAACGUUUUAAAGUAUUGGAUACAAUGGCUAAAGAAUCAUCGCAUGUUAAAAUUCCAGUUAAUAUGCUUCAAGUGCUGACAAUGACUGAUAUAUCACAUGUGUCCACAUGUUCAAAGAGAGAUCGCUGGACACGCACGUCGUCUGAUCCAAGUGAUAAAAUUCAUUUAAGUUCGGAUAGAUCAAUCAGUAAAGGCAAGCGCAGGCAUUCGGAUUCCGGGAGAUCAGGAAAAGGAUCAUCAAGUUCUAGUUAUCACAGCCAUAGUCAUAGUUAUAGUCAUACUCAUGGUCAUGGUCAUGGUCAUGGUCAUGAGAAAAAAUCUAAUGUAAGAAGAAAUUCAACGAGAAGUUUAAAUGAUGAUUCAGAUACUGAAGAUUUCCCGCGAAUUAUCCGGCGCGAUGGACCAAAACGUCUGAAUGAUGAGUCGAGUCAAGAUGAAAGUCUUGAUACUAAACUAACAGCGUUCACUGAUUCAUCUGAAAAUCAUCACCAGCAUCAACAACAGCAGCAGCAGCAACAAAAUCAAGAUCGAAAUCAAAAAGAGAAAGCAGCCGUAGUUGAACUAACAACACCAACGAUAGCAACAACGACAAGUGCAGAAACUAUGAGUGAAUUUGAAUUUAGUGCAACAUCUUGCAGUAAAAAAAUUAACGAUUUAAUAACAGAACCAACUGUCACGACACUUGCCAGUGAACGUGACGUGACAGUAGAUGUUGUAAACAAAAAUAUUGAUGAUGUUGAUGUUGGUGAAAAUUAUGAAGUACCUGAGUCAGUGAUAAAACUUGAAUCGUCAGACGAGAGUCAAACAACUAUUGAAAUUCUUCCAGCAUCACCAGAAGUAUCACAACCAGAAUCCGAAGUACCAAUGCCACUUGAAGGUAAACGUAGAAUAGCUAAUGGUGAUAUGGCACAGUUGUAUUCAGAGGAUGCGAUACCAACUCAGUUUGAGCUUGAACUAGAAAUAGUUGAUAAUAGCUCUGAAUCAUUGGAAGUUCCUGUACCAGAGAUAACAAGUUCUAUUGUUGAUAAUUAUUGUUCGCCUAGUUAUGCGGAAUCUGUUAGUACUGCAGUUGGUGAUGGUGAUAAUAAUAAAGACAGAUGGAAGAGUCGUAGUGAUAAUAUUGUUGAUAAUACGGGUGAUGGUGGUUCAACAUCAAUGGCAAUUAAUUAUCACCAUAAAUGUGAUGUGCCGAGUGAAAUAAAUAUUUGCUGUUCUGAUUCGUUGGUUAAAGAAGUUUUGGCGGCUAAAGAAACUCUUAAACGUUGUCUUGCUAAAACUAAAAGUGAAUAUAAAAAUAGUAGUAGUAGUACUAAUAAUAAUAAUAGUAAUAGUGAUAAUAAUAAUAAUAGUAAUAGAAGUAGUAGUAAAGUUAAAUUAUUAUCAUCAAGACCAAAGACUGCGGCGGAAAAGAAACAAGGCGCUGGAUUUGAUGUGACGAAAAGUUCUUCAAGCAGAAAAGAUGAAAUAAAAACAGAUAAAAAUCGUGUCUUCCAAGAGAGUGGAGUUUCGUGUGAUGUUUCACGUAAAGAUUCAACAAAAUCACAUCAUGAGGAAGUUGAUAGAAAACAUGAAGGAAGUAACAGAAAACAUGAAGAAAGAUCUGAUAGAAAACAUGAAAGUUCCGAUAGAAAACAUUCAAAGUCGAAGAGAACUAGUAGUUCUGAUAGACGAGAAAAACGUUCGAAAAUUGAGUCAGAGAGUUGUAGUAGCAGUAGUAAAAAACAUGAAGAAACAUCUGUCAGUGUAACAGCUGCACGUGACAGCACUCUUUUGGUUAACGAUACGAUAAAAAGUCUUAAGCGUUCAAGAGAAUCGAAUGAUUUAAGUGAAUCUAGUAAUUCUACCUCGAAGAAAAUAAAAUCUUCAUCAUCUUCACAUUCUGCUGAAAGCUCUAGUUCUAGAUCAAAAGCAUCAAGUUCUUCAUUGUCAUCGUCAUCGUCAACGUUGUCAUCAUCAUCAUCAUCAUCAUCAUCAAAAAAACAUAAUUAUGAAUCUGGACGUUCUAAAGACUCAGAAAAUCGACAGCCAUGUCCGUCACCAAGUACUGAUAGUUCAAGUAAGGUAUGUAAUUAUAAAAUACCUAAAAUACCUAAACAACAUCAUCAUCAGCAGCAGCAGCAUCAUCAGCACCAACAAGAAUUAAAAACAACCACGACUGAAGUUACGAAAAAUGUAACAGAGAUAAUGCCUACUUUAGAACCAGCUGAUCAAGUUAAUUUUGAUCUCAAUGAAAGAGAUACUUCUAGAUCUCCGCCGGAAAUAACAAAGCAAGACAGCACGGAAUUGAAUCCCGAUAGUCCGAAAAAAGUUGAUGACAAAAAAAGUGAAAAGGAUGAUUCUGUUAUACAUCAAGAUUCCGAAGCUGUUACAUUUGCUGAUAUCGUUGCGCAAAUGGCUUAUCAUGAAAAGGCGACUAUUAAACACAAACGUUACUGUAUAUUGUGUGAGAGAUGGUUCCCAACAACAGAAAGGCAUAGAAGACAUUUAACUGGAUAUCAGCAUCGGCAUACUGAACUUACCCAACGCAGAACCGUCCAUGCCUUAUUCAUGCUGUUCACUGGUAAACCAUGUCCUCGAUUAUUACCUGCCAGUAUCGUUAGGACAGACUGCGUACCUGGUGAACCAACUCCACUUCAAAUAGCUGUUCAAGAUGUAGCGAUAAGUUUGGAAAAAGGCGCCAGUAAUAAGAAUAAAACUAUUAAUGAAGACAACAAAUCGUGAGUAAAUAAUUAAUAAGUUGGUUAGCCAAAGAUAUUAGUGAAAUGAAAAAAAAAAAAAAUACAAGUUUAAAGGAAAAAAUAUAUAUAUACAUAGUUAUACAUAUAUAUAUAGAUAUAUAUAUAUAUAUAUAAAUACACGAAAAAUCAGUUAGUUAAUUUAGUGUAUAUUUAAAUAAUUUGAAUUUGCCAAGAGAUUUUCGCGGUAUUUCAAACAAUUGUACAAAUAAAUGUUACGAGUACGUUAUACUCGUGGUUGUUUAAUUCACGAAAAAAAAAAUCUUAUCUCAUAAGUCAAAAAACAAAAAAAAACAUAAAUAUUAAACAUAAUAUAUAAUAUAUUUAUAGAUAUAAAUCUUAUUUUGAAAUAAUAUAUUGAUAUUUAUUUAUGUGAUUUCGAGUAUGAAAUUGCAUGGAUAUUACAUACACGUAAGUAUGUUCGGGUUACACGAGUAAUAUAUAUUUUGAAAUAAAUCACUUAAGAAUUGUGGGAAUUAAUUUUUUAAGUAGACAAAGAUUUUUUUUAUCUUUAUUUGUAAAUCGGUGAUUUUAGUAUAUAUAUAUUUAGCAAUGGACAAGGGUAUUAAUAUAAAUAUAAUUAUAUUUUUAAAAAUUUUUUAAUAUGUUUGGCCUUUUUAUCCACUCUCUUGCUCUUAUAAAUAAUUUUUAGCCUACGUUUAAUUUUUUUCUAUAAAAAUAAUGCACGUGUGCCUUAAUUAUACAUUGAAUUUUAAUGAUACUAAAGUUAGCCGACGUCUAAUAAUUUUUGAAUUUUUUUGAAAAUUAAAUUGUUGAAAAAAAUAAUCAAAAAAUUGCUAAUUGUCUGCUAACUUCAAAAUUAUUGAAUUUUACAAAAACAAAGUUUUAAAUUAAAUCAAUAAGUAUACGAUUAUUAUAUAAAUAAAUGAAUCUCUUUUAAUUCAAAGCCUAAAAGGGCACUAGUUUUAAAUGAAUUUUUUAAAAAUUUUAUGCACGUUUGUUUGGCUUUUAUAUUCGCAUUUGAUAAUCAUGUUGAAUUAUUUAUAACUAUUGGUAGAAACUUAUUUAUAAAAAACAAAAUAUUAGCACACAUUACGUUAGAAAUUUUGUUUUUAAAGCAAACAAAAAAUUCAAUACCAUUGUGACCUUAUAAAAUAUUUGAUUGCUACGCUAGAUAAAUAUUUUGCAUUAAAUAUAAAUUUUAUAUAAAUUUUUUGCUGUAAAAAUAUUUUUUAAAAAUAUUUAUGUGCAAUCAUAUUCGGAAAGUAUUUUUAUCAAUACAAAAAAAAAUUAAUAUAUAUAUAUAUUUCUAACUAAAAUAUAGACAAAUUUUUAAACUGCAGAGGCUUAUUAUGCUGAUAAUAAUGAAUUAAUAUUUGAGCAUUUAACAUAAUCAAUUGAGAGUGGUACCAUAAAUUAUUUCUUUAUAAAAAAUACCGCCAGAAAAAAAAAAUUCAAAUUAUUAUCAAACAUUAGAUGUGUUAAUUAUUGCAAUCAGUGUGUGUUCUUUGUGCCUAAAUGAUAUAAAAAAAAAAAAGUAAUAAAUAUCUAUUAAUGUUUAAUAAUAUACUGGACAUAAAUAUAUAAAAUAUAUAUAUUUAUAUUUGUAGACAUGUACAAAAAAAUUAAAUGUGCGAUUGAAUUGAAUGCCGUGUGAAAUUUGUUAUUAAAUCGUAAUUCGAAUGUGCCGUAAUAGAUUUUUAUCAUUACAUCGAAUACAAAUGAAAUAAAAAAAAAAAAAAAAAAAAAAAAAAAAA